UGAGAAGCCAGAGAAGCAAUGCAAGAACGAUCCCUUCUAACAUUUCUCAUGUGGUAAACAUGAACUUUGAAUGUUAAUUUCCACAGAAUUCCUUGAACUUGAAGAGACACAGGAAUGUGAAAGAUACUUCAGAGUUUUAAAAAGAUUAUAAAGGAACCUAAGAUUUUCAUUUGCAACGUAUAGUUUCUUCUAAAGAGUAUCCAUCAGCUGGCAUCAAACGAGCAGAAUGAAUUGUUGCUUAUUCCUACAUUUGAUGUUGGGAAUUCCCCUCCUAUGGCCUUGCCUUACAGCAACAGAAAACUCUAAAACAGAGGAAGCGAAGCACCCAGAAGGGUCUCAUCUGAGACCGAAGAGUGGCUGGAUUUGGAACCAGUAUUUUGUAGAAGAGGAAAUGAAUAUCACUAGAAAGAUCAUUGGCCGGCUGAGCUCAAAUAUGCACAAUGGAUCCAAGUCUUUGAAGUACAGGAUUUCAGGAGAUGGAGCCGAAAGUAUUUUUUUCGUUGAUGAAACAACAGGUGUCUUAUCUGUGGCACAGAAGCUGGAUAGAGAAAAACAGGCCUUCUACAAUCUAAAAGCCCAUUUAAUAGACAGAACUACUGGAAAGGCUGUGGAACCUGAAUCUGACUUUGUUGUCAAAGUUACAGAUAUCAAUGACAAUGCACCAAAAUUCCUACAUGAACCUUAUGCGGCUGUUGUACCAGAGAUGUCUCCAGAAGGGACAUUCGUCAUCCAGGUGACAGCAAGUGAUGCUGAUGAUCCUUUAUGUAAUAAUAAUGCUCGUCUUAUAUACGAGUUACUACAUGGCCAACCAUAUUUCUCCAUUGAGCCAACAACAGGAGUUAUAAGAACAUCUUCUAAAACAGAUAGAGAGCUGCAAGAUUCAUAUUGGGUAAUUGUUCAAGCCAAAGACAGGAUUGGUCUGCCCGGAGCACUGUCUGGAACAACGAGUGUAUUAAUUACACUUUCUGAUAUUAAUGACAACAUCCCUACAUUUAAAAAAGGCUUAUACCGCAUGAAUGUCUCCGAAUCUGCACCCAUUGGUACUUCUGUAGGAACAAUCAUGGCACAUGAUAGGGACAUAGGAAAGAAUGCAGAAAUGGAUUACAGCAUUGAAAAUGAUGAAUCACAAACAUUCGACAUCAUUACUAAUAACGAGACCCAAGAAGGAAUUGUUAUAUUGAAAAAGAAAGUGGAUUAUGAGCAACAGACCUACUAUAAAAUUAGAGCAAAAGUUAAAAACCGCCAUGUUGAUGAGCAGCUCAAGAAGUAUCACACUGUGGCUUCCACCACUUUUAUUAGGGUCCUGGUGGAAGAUGAAGAUGAACCUCCUGUCUUCCUCCUUCCGUAUUACAUAUUUGAGAUCUUUGAAGGAAGCCCACAGGGAUCAUCGGUGGGCGUGGUCUCUGCCAUAGAUCCAGAUGACAACAGAAGUCCUGUCAGGUAUUCUAUUACCAAAAGCAACACAUUCCACAUUGAUGACAAUGGCACCAUCAUCACAACUUACCCCCUUGACCGAGAGAUGAAUGCUUGGUGCAACCUCAGCAUUACAGCCAGAGAACUAUAUAAUGAAGAACAGACUUCUGAAGUCCCUGUGUAUGUACAGGUUCUUGAUAUUAAUGAUCAUGCUCCUGAGUUCCCUGAAUUUUAUGAGAUUUACGUUUGUGAAAAUGCAAGCUCUGGUCAGGUGAUUCAGACCAUCAGUGCAGUGGAUAAAGAUGACUCCAUAGAAAGUCCAAAUUUUUAUUUUAAUUUAUCUGUGGAAGACACAAAGAACUCUAAAUUUACAAUCAUAGAUAAUCAAGAUAACACAGCUGUAAUUGUGACUAAUAGAACUGGUUUCAGCCUUCAAGAAGAGCCUGUCUUCUACAUAUCCAUCUUAAUUGCUGACAAUGGUAUCCCAUCCCUUACAAGUACAAACACCCUUACCAUCCAAGUCUGUGACUGUGGUGACAGUGGCAGUAUACAGGUCUGCCACAGUAAAGAUAUGCUACUCAUGGAACCCAGGACAGAGAUCAUGACUGCUGUUCUGAUAUGCGCUGUGAUAAUAAUACUUGGCUUUAUUUUUAUGAUCCUACAUCUACAACAGCGAAGAAAACAGACUCUAUUUCCUGAGAAAGGUAAAGAUUGCAGAGAGAAUAUAUUCAAAUAUGAUGAUGCGGGGACAGGAGAAGAAGAUACGGAGGCCUUUGCUGUGGGAGAGCUGAGGUGCAGCACCUUCAUGAGGGAACCUCGGACUCGGAAAACCAGAUCUGCAGAGAUUAGGAGCUUGUGCAGGAUGUCAUGGCAGGUUGGCCCAGAUGAUGCUGUAAUCAAGGAAUUCAUCCUAGAAAAGCUGGAAGAAGCUAACACUGAUACUUACGCUCAUCCUUUGGACUCCCUCCAGACCUAUGCCUUUGAGGGAACAGGGUCAUUAGCUGGAUCCCUGAGCUCUUUAGAGUCAUCAGCCUCUGGUGAGAAUGAAAAUUUUGAUUGCUUUCAUGAUUUGGAACUUCCCUUUCAAAUAUAAGUAUGUAUGUUUGGUUCUGCUAUGCAGUCAAAUAAU